AUGAGCGGUCCCUUCAACGCAUGGCUCAGAAGCCCUGUGUUAGGCGAGGCAGCACAACGGGUCGGUGAGGCUGUCCGUUUUGAAAGUGCGCUCCCACCUCAACUGCGAGAACUUGCAAUUUUAGUGGUUGCUGCCAAAUGGAAGGCACAAUAUGAGUGGUGGGCGCAUGAGAGAAUUGCGAGACGCGAAGGCUUGGACGAAGGGGUAAUAGAAAGCGUCAAGGCGGAGACACUCCCAGAUUUCUCCAAUUCAACCGAGGCGAUAGUCUAUAACUUUGCCCGUGAGUUGCUCGACGAGCAUCGCGUGUCAGACCAUCUAUACAAUGAUGCGGUUGAACAACUCGGUGAAGCGAGGGUUGUGGAGCUAGUGAUCCUGCUCGGUUACUACACUUUAGUGUCAAUGACGCUGAAUGUAUCUGAGGUGCCAGUGCCCGCCGGUGAGGAUGCGCCGUUCAUUGAUCGCACUGAAACCUAA